AUGGCGGCCCUAUACAUACUCAGACAAGCCUAUAUCGUUCUAGCAAUCCUAUGCAUGCCCCUGACUCUAGCGAGUACCGGGAGACAACUUUGCCAUGUGCUCCCAGAUAGGGUCUUCUAUAGUCAUAGUUCCGCAUACAACGCCUCGCUCUCCUCCUACUGGGCAGCCCAGGAAACCGAAACAAGGCCUCUCUGUGUCGUGGCCGCCGAAUCCCAUCAGCAUGUUCAGGCAGCUGUUUCUAUACUUGCGGGCCUCAACACAGGGCCUCAAAUCCUCUGCCCCUUUGCGGUUCUCGCUGGUGGCCAUGGAAAGUCCGGAAAUUCAAAUCAGCAAGGUGGUGUCAAUAUCGACCUGAGAGCCAUGAAAUCAGUUACUGUGAGCGAAGAUCACAAGUUGGUUAGUAUUGGACCCGGGGCAAAAUGGGUGGAUGUUUAUCGUGAACUGGACCCUUUAAAUAGGACAGCUCCAGGCGGCCGAGAUGGUACCGUUGGCGUUGGGGGUUUAUCUCUCGCAGGGGGUGUGUCCUAUUCUUCUCCGGAAGUAGGCUUCUCCUGCGACAACGUCGAAAAUUUCCAGAUUGUGCUAUCCAGCGGCGAGAUAGUAAAUGCAAACCGGACAUCACAUCCAGAUCUAUUUCUCGCACUUCGUGGUGGUGGGAAUAAUUUUGGAAUCGUCACCCGGAUUGAUAUGAAGACCUUGUAUCUGGGGGAUAUGUGGGGUGGGACCGCCUACUAUAACAUUAGCACAUACCCGGAGCAGAUUCGAGCUUUCCAUGCAUUCAAUGCGGAUCCAGAGUACGAUGAACACUCUAACAUGUACCAGGCGUUCGGCUUCAGCGGAAAUACCACAGUAGUCCUCAAUAACUUGGUGUAUUCCAUACCAACGCCAGAAUUACCGCCAAAACUCAGGGCCUUUGCGGAUAUCAAGCCUGUUCUAUACAACACACUGCGGGUUUCGAAUAUAUCUGCCUUUGCAACUGAGCAGGCUGUAGCAGCCCCUGCUGGAAACCGCCAAGUUGGGUACACGACAACGUUCAAAAAUUCUCUGGAGAUGUUAAUGGACUCCUUCGACAUAUGGAACGCUACUAUUCCGUUACUCAGCUCAAUGCCAGGUCUUCAGUAUUCUUGGACUUUGGAGCCGCUUCCGCCUAUCAUUGCUGCAAACUCCGCUCGCAGGGGUGGGAACAUUCUUGGAGUCACUGUUGCCGACGGGCCAUUAGUUUUGUGCCUAUUAACAGUCACAUACUCUGAGCCUAAGAAUGACGAGACAGCACGCAGAGUGGCACAGAAAGUCAUUGCGGAUGUUGAGACUCGUGCGAAGCAGCUAGGUGUCUUCCAUCCAUUUAAGUAUGCAGGAUAUGCGGGCAAGGGUCAAAACCCCAUUCUUAGUUAUGGAAUGAGAAACGUUCAAUUUGUGAAGAAGGUUAGUCGACGGUAUGACCCUGAUCGAAUAUUCCAAGAUGCGGUACCAGGGGGUUUCAAGCUAGACGAUGUACAUAAUUGA